AUGUGGACGUCGCGAGUUGCACCUCAGAACGCAGGGCCCAUCAACGCUUGGCUUCGGCGGUUCUGGAAAGCGCCUGGUUCUCGUAGCCUUGUAAUUUGCUGUUCCGGGGCACCCGCUUUCAAAUUCCUGAAGAAAUCCUUCACUGACCGAGGUCAUUGCGCCACCUAUCGUACCUCAUUCAUCCUGGACACUAGAUCUCCAUCGAAGGACCAAAAACCGGAUGAUAAGCACGCAGACUUGAAGGAGAUCCUCAAAGAUCACCCACCUACCAUUCAGCUUCAACUUGUUGAAGCGUACAGGCGGGGGUUCCAAUCAUCUACAGAGAAAGAUAAAAAAUCACGCAUGUUUGAAGCACUGACCGGAAACUUUGGGAAAAUCGUAAUCUUUGGAGUGCUAUGCUAUUACCUGUUCCAAUCAUCGAACAGAAUCUUCGGAAGUGGGGUCUUCCCCAAAAUGCUGGAUCCUAGCAUUGCAUCUUUUGCCGAAAAUGCUGAUAUAAAUUUCAACGACGUUCAAGGGUGCGACGAGGUAAAGAAAGAACUUCAAGAUGUUGUUGAAUUCCUCCGGAAUCCUGAGAAGUUCAAUCGCCUGGGUGCCAAACUCCCAAAGGGCGUUCUUUUGGUUGGCCCACCUGGGGUAGGCAAGACCUUGCUAGCAAAAGCAGUCUCAGGCGAAGCUCAGGUGCCUUUUCUGUAUGUGUCGGGUAGCAGCUUCGAGGAAGUGUUUGUCGGUAUGGGAGCGUCUCGCGUCCGACAACUUUUUACGGCCGCCAAGCAACACGCUCCUUGUCUCAUUUUCAUCGACGAAAUCGACUCUGUUGGACGUAACCGUACUUCUUCACCCCAUCACCCUUACGCAAACCAAACAAUCAACCAGUUGCUCGCAGAAAUGGAUGGAUUUCAGUCCACUGAAGGCAUCAUAGUUCUUGGUGCCACUAACCAAUCCGAAGAUUUAGACAAGGCACUCCUUCGACCCGGUCGCUUCGAUGUACAGAUUCAUGUUUCACCUCCAACUUUUGAGGGACGCGUCGCUCUACUCAAACUAUACUUGCACAAGAUUAAGACAGCACCGGAUCUUGAUAUCAUCAAGCUGGCCCAUGGAACCGUGGGUUAUACGGGUGCUGACAUACAGAAUUUGGUCAAUCAGGCAGCAAUCGCAGCCGGCCUUCGGAACGAUUCAGCAGUCGCCAUGCAACAUCUGUGGGACGCCCGUGACCGUCUUCUGAUGGGCCCAGCGAAACGAAAACCCUUGGACGAGCAGACUAACCGAGUGUCUGCCUACCAUGAAGCAGGCCAUGCACUCACUGCCCUUUUUACACCAGACAGUACACCGUUACACAAGGUGACCAUAAUUCCCCGAGGCGAGGCUGGUGGCCACACCAGCUUCCUUCAAGACAAAGAUCUGAGCUUUUGGACUAGAUCCCAACUUUUGGCUCAGCUCGAUGUCCUAAUGGGCGGUCGUGUGGGUGAAGAGAUCGCUUUCGGAACCGAUAAGGUCACAACUGGCGCUGGUGACGAUUUUCGGAAAGCCACAAUGCUCGCACAGAAUAUGGUGGUUCGCUUCGGUCUCUCCACCAAAUUGGGCCCACGGGUGGUCACCGACCUCCGAGAGGAUCAGUUAAGCCAGAACACACGUGAGAUGAUUGACAAAGAAGUGGAUCAAUUGUUAAACGAUUCAUUAAAUCGUGUACGGGCAUUACUUACGAGCCACUCGAAGCAACACAAGACGUUGGCUGAGGCACUACUUCACUUUGAAACUUUGACCAAAGAAGAAGUGUCAGCCGUACUUGCUGGAAAGAUGAAACCCCCGAAGAACCCUCCCUCACCCUCAGGUCCUAUUUCGGUUCUAGCCGCCCAGUCCACCCCCGAAGUACAUGUAUAGUUUGCUAGGGUAGCCCCAUUUUUCCACAACAAACCACGUCAACCUCUACAUCGAGUUUUCGACCGUCGCCAGUUCUACAUCAUUCUUCUGGCCAUUCGAAUUCUGUGAAGUGACCAUCGCCACUCUUAUUCAUUACCUCAGUUUCCACUCCGGCUUGAUUUCUCCACUUGGGUGCGAAAUGCAAUGAUAUUUUAGUCUCAGCUAUCACCAUGGAGCUUCUGUAUCUAAACAUUCUGUUUUGUUCUUCGAAUGUCGUCAGCUGGGUUGACUUGUGGGUCUUGAUCUUUUCUAUCUCGUCGGCAUAAACGGGCAAUCUGGUUUUAAUGAAUUACCUGUGUUUUUCUAAUCGUUUGAAGAGAACUUCAGGUGAUUUACUUUGAGUUGUACCAGGUGGCUUGUCAUAUCUAAGAGUUUAGUGGCUACUUGUCGGUCUUUUUAAUGACAUAUGAGGACAAACUUGCUGUUAAUU